AUGACUGCGUCCGCUUUUCUACCCGUUCUUCAGCGCCCUUGUGUCACUCUUGUGCAGCAGCCUCCUCAUACGUCUUCUAGCUCUUUCGUGUCUUCUUCUAUGGAUGGGUCACCCGCUCGUGCGCCCAUUGCAAACAGUGCUUCUCACCCGCUGUCGCAUUCUGGGUCCAUCGAGGAUUCUUCAGUCACGGGGGACUUGCCGCAAGGUUCCGCUCGUCAGUCGAGAGAGAGCGAUGCGGAUGGCCCUGGAAGUGGCCUCCCGCACUCGAGAAGGUCUCUGUCUGAUCAGUCUUUUUGUCCGCGUCGUAUCUUCGCUCCCGCUGUCACUGAACCUGCACACACUUCGUCUGGAGACCCUCGCUGCGCGAGUGACUCGAGGGACUCGCAUCUUCCGCAACACGUUCUGCCCGGGUUAGCAGAUCCGUCCUCAAUCCGGAUUUUUUCUGGCCCUAGAGGCAGUGAAGAUCCAAGUUUAGCGACAGCGGCACACGCAUGUACGGAGAAUUCCCCUGCUCCGGACCCUUGCAGCGCUGUACACAUGCCUGCGUCACAGGAAGCGGAGUCUUGUUCCACGCCAGCCUCUGCGGGUUGCUUGACACCUCCGAUUUCGGUGGAAGGCCCAUCUCCAGGAGAUAUGGCGGAUGUAGACACCGACAGUAGCGGCUUUCGAGUAGCUGCAGCUGCGACAUCUGGGGCGAUACGCGCAUGCAGUGAUGCGGAUAGCGGAUGCGCUGCAAUCAAAGUUGCGCCUUGGGGAUCUAGCAGCGAGGCGACAGAGUGUUCGGGGAUUUCGGGUGCUCCAGGAAACAGUAAGUCACUGGACUCCAGAGAAUGCAGCCAAGAAGGGGGAACGGGGGGUCGAACCGGCGACGGGCCGACAGGCAAAGGCGCAGGAGCAAACCGAGUUUACGCGAGAGAUCACGGGAAGAAGGAUGCAGCAUCUUCGCAGGCAGGUGGCACGGCACCGGCGACUUCAGCCUCCCCGCCCGGGGGGUCAGCUCCCGUAUCGGGGCGCGAGCCUUCGGGUGGAGCAGAGUUGCUGCGGUGUGAUUUGAUGUGGAUUGCCUCCGGGAACAGAGGAGGACUCAUCACACCUGUGGAGGGCUGUGAGCUUCACCCGAUUGUGAUUAUUCGCGACCGACAAGGCAGGGUGUUUGAUGAUGACGAGGAAAGUGAAGAGAAUCCGAUCGGGAAGUCGUCCCAAAUUUUCUUUCGCUGGAUGCGAGGUCCCCCUCGGGCUGUUUGUACAUUCCACCCGCAGCGCACAGCUUGCCUGCAGUGCGUUGUGACACUCCGUUGUUUCUGCUGCUAUGACUGCUUCCGGAAGGGGUACAAGCAGCUGCACAAAUUCUAUCGGACGCGAGGUCUGUCCUCAAUCCUCCCCCACCCCAAUUCCCACACCUACGGUGUUCCGUGCCUCCCGUUUGACUGGAAUGACUUCGACUCGAAUCGCCAGUUCGACACGCAGCAUCUGGCCCUUCUGAAGCAAGCGGGACUCGUCACGGCAGACGGUGAGGAGGAGAGCUGGCAGCCGGUCUCCACCAGUCGCAACUACACACCAUCGAAGGCUGACGUUGGCCAUCAAUUACGACUUGAAACGCUGGUUGUUGAUCGGGAAACCCUGGUCCAGCUCAUUGAAAGCAGUCGAUCACAGAGCACCCGGCGAAAAAGCCGCGAGAGAAGGGAAUUCGCCGGCGCCGCGGAUAAAGACGAAGGCAAGGAUGGUGUUACGGUAGCGAAAGACCAGGCUGGUUUUGAUUCCACGGAGCGACAGAGAGGCGCCCCAUCCAGCUUUCCAGACAGCGAUCAGCCGACUCAAGGCAGGAACCACAGUCCAGACGCUGACGGAACUGACGGAGCAUCACAACACGAAAGUGCCAGGCGGCCGUCAACUGGGUCUGUUUCCGGUGACGGUCCUCCAUCGAGACGAGCAUGGACAGAGGAAAAGUCGGUAGCUGCUUGUGAUCAACCAACUUCACUUCUCAAGAAUACAGAGGCGUCCACUGCAGAGUCUUCUGCCGGCCACGAAGCAACAACCAGCAACGCCAGCGCCCGUACGAACAGCAGUGGAGCUGCGGCCUCGGUGAACGGAGGCGCCAGUCAGGAUGCAAACAGGUUCCCACCCCAAGAAGCAUGUUGCAUUGUCCUGGGAGAUCAGGAAUCCGUGGAUAUGGCAGAAGCAGCUGCGGUCGCGUGGGCAGCUGCCUCACUUCAAGACUCAAGUCAUUAUCGCCAGGUCUUGACUGGCUGUUGUGUCCCGACUGUCGAUACAGUCGCGCGCCGUAGGCGACGGCUGGCUUCAGUCCCUCACAUUCCACCUGUCCACGGGGUUGGGCCUCUCCAGCCCCAUGGCUUAGGCCAUACUGCGGCGUCUGACGACCCUGGCGUUCCACACGGGCUCAGCGAUCUGUCUCUCCACCGUCAAGGCCUCCCCGGCACCCACGAAGUUCGUGGAGUCCCCGAUGGGAACAUGCACGUGCCACCCUCUGGUCAUCUUGACGCGUUCGCGGGCGCCGAGACAAGAGGUAGAGCAGCAAAUCACCUCUUCUCUCCCAUCGACGACAUGGGCGCCGCAGCCUACGGCCCAGUAAACGGCGGACGAGGGGCGACGCUGAGUGACGGGUCUCUACCUGGAAGCGUCGCCUUUGCGUCAAGUGGAGGCGCAGACCCUUCCUACUCGAGUUCCAGCUCGUUCGGGGAUGCUUCCAGUUUCGCCUAUGGUCUCGGGAGGUCUGCCAGCGGUCUGUGCACCUACGGCCCGGGGGGGGCGGGAAGUGGCGCUGCAACUGUGAUUUCGUCUUACGAAGCCACUGCAAAGAUGAGCGGCCCCGGAUUCUAUCAGAACGAGACAGGCAUCAGCAGUGGCGGCCCCCUAGUGAGUCGGGACGGUGCCGGGACCCUAGGUGGCGAGAGCGACGGCCCCCAGCACUUUGCACAUAGUGGCAGCGGCGAAUUCGACGACUCGCACAGCGACUGCGGCCUAAGUUCCAACGGAAGCUACGGGAGCAGCCCUGCCGAGAGUCCUCGAGCUAGUGGAAGCCGCUCCAGUAGUCGCUGUGAAAAAAACAGCCGACACAGCGGCGAUUCCGCUGGCGCCGACCUGGGUCCCGAUGAUCCGGAACAAUUCAACGUUAGCGUCAUGACGUGGAACGUCCUUGCUGAACUGUAUGGGACGCUCGACGCCUUCCCCCAUUGCGACCCCUACAUGCUCGCGUGGCCCUACAGGCGACAACGCAUUCUGGAAGAGAUCCUCGCUCAUAAUCCAGACGUCGUCUGUCUUCAGGAGGUCCAAAGUGAACACUUCGAGGACUUCUUCUUGCCCGAGCUGGCUCGCUACGGGUACAACGGGACGUACAAGCAGAAGACUAUGGAGGUUUUCACGAGUGGAAGUGGGAAGAAAAGCGGAGGCAAGUUCACGAUGGACGGCUGCGCCACGUUUUACCGGAAGUCCAAGUUCACCAUCGUGGACCAGUGCGGCCUGGAGUUCAGCCAGCUGAUCAAGCAGGCGUCUCGGGAGCAGCUGCCCCGGCAGCUGCAGCGGCAAGCGGUCCGGCGUCUUCUGAAAGACAACGUGGCGCUUUUGCUUCUUCUUGAGGUGAAGAACGAAGGAGACGCGCGUGCAGCGGCGGCGGCCGAAGAGGCCGAGCGCGGCCGCAACACGGAGACUCGGCGAUGCGACGUGAACCGGAGCAGCAGCGACAGUCGCGCGCUUUCUGCUUCUGCAACAACGCGGUCUAGGCACGCGUCCACAGAGACAUCGUCCCCAAACUCGACUGAUCCUGUAUCCAGGGGGCGUGAGCAGCAGGCCACAGGGGCCGGUGUCGCGAGCGGAGGCGGAGGCACUCUCGGGUCAAAUCGCGCAGAGUCCGAGAACCCGAGAGGGAGCCGAGCUUCCGGGCUGGACAAGGACGCAGAACCUGUUCGGUCCAAGCUGCGGGCGAAUGCUCCCGCGUGGGGAGAGACUUCCCGGCUUUUCUUUGACACACUUGCGAGUACCCACGGACGUGCGGGCGGCGCUCCAUGGGGGUACGCCGCGGGCUACACCAGUGCGGACGGCAACCCCUCAGCACACCGGAAACUUCUUCUCGUGGCCAACACACACAUUGUCGCGAACCCUGAGUCGAAUGACGUGAAAAUCUGGCAGGCGCAAACCCUGGUUGGGAUGAUUGAGAAGUAUCUCCUGGCGUUCCGACCUCCAGCGUAUCGCGAUUCGCCUUGUCUCACGCCGGCCGUCGUUUUAUGCGGCGACUUCAACAGCACUCCAGACAGCGCUGUCUACCAGUUGUUAGUGACAGGUCGCUGCGACCGCCACCACAUCGACCUCGCUUCCGAUCGGCACGGACUCCUUGCUGAACUGAAUCUUGGCCACAGUAUCCCACUCAAAUCCGGCUACGCAGUGAGUAAGGCGCUGAAGGACGGCUUGGAUCCUCACGACUUCUAUGCUCUACGACAGUCGGAGCCCGAGUUUACCAACUACACUGGAAACUACACGGGCUGCUUGGAUUACCUUUUCUUCUGCGACACCAUGCUCAGGGUUCGGGAGAUUCUGGAGCCCAUCGACAGCAAACAGCUUUUGCGGGAAGCCCGACAGCUGCAGCUUCUGCAUCAAGCCCUGCCGAGUCCUUUGCGGCCGUCAGACCACAUUCCGCUUCUCUGCAAGUUUGAGUGGAUACAGUGAACUGAAUCUCUCGGCUGAGAGAGACAGUACUCUUCUAGCACGAUGGACGGCCGCUGGGUGGGCAUGUUGACACAAAAACAUUGUGCCAUUGCUUUAUUGGGGGGAGAGCGCAUCGUGCAGAUGC